CUAGCUAAGCAUAAGAAUGUGAGACUUAAGGAGGCUCUUAUUAAUGAGAGGCAGCGUAGGAAGCAAGGUAAGGCUCUGCCUCUAGAGGCAGAUGAGGAGUAUCAUGGUGGGGCUGCAUUCUGGUCUCCAAGCAAGAAAGCUGAGGCAGCUCGCGUACGUGAGGAGCAGAGGCAGGACAAGCUCAAGGCUGUUGAAGCAAGGCGUGCAGCGAGAACAGCAGCGCAAUUGAUGAGGCAGGAGGAGAAGGCUCGUGAGGCUGCUGAUUGA